UGCUUUUGGAACCAAAACCCCAAAAUCAACGCACAGAGAGAGAGAGACGAAGAACAAAGACAGGAUCCCCUGCUGCAGCGCUCUCUCUCUCUCAUGGCUUUUCUUUUCCAGAAAUUCCAAGAGGGUGUGAGAACUCUUGCUAAAAGUCCCACAUUUGCUAGAGAUCCAAGGCAACUUCAGUUUGAGGCUGAUAUAAACCGUCUGUUCCUUUACACCAGUUAUAAUCGGUUAGGAAAGAAUGCUGAUGAAAAAGAUGCGGAGGAGAUCAUUGAUAUGGCUGGCAAGGCCUCCCUUGCUGACCAACAGAAGCAGGUUCAAGAUAACAUCCAUUCUCAAAUUAAAACCUUCAGCACGUGGAUGGAUGAAAUCCUUCUUCCUGAUUCCAAGAGCAUAAAUGAAUCAGCUGAAUCAAAUUCACAAAAGAAUACUCAGACCCGCAGUGGCCUUAGCCUUGCUGUUGGAAGGACGAGCCCCUCAGAAAACAGUCCUGCUGUACCUGAUACAAAACCUUUAAAACCUGCCGAGCUGUCACAGAAGCUGAAGAAUCUCAUGGGCUAUACUCUUGAGCUCAAACCAUCUCAAAUCACACAUGAGGAGGCUGGUCGAGGUUUAUUCGUGCAUGGCCAAUCUGAUGUUGGUGCAGUGAUUGCAAUCUACCCUGGCAUAGUGUACUCUCCAGCUUACUACCGUUAUAUUCCUGGAUACCCAAAAGUCGAUGCACAGAACCCUUACUUGAUCACAAGGUACGACGGAACUGUGAUCAAUGCACAGCCCUGGGGUGCCGGAGGUGAAACUCGUGAAGUGUGGGACAUCUCAAGUGUUAUUGGACGUCGCACGGGGCCUACGGCGGGUGCUCAGGAUGCUGACAAAGGUUCUGACCGGAUGUGGAAGAUGCUCAGUAAACCUUUGCAACCCACAAGAGUGGCAACAAGUGGUGAUGUGUUGGAGCGGAGAAACCCACUAGCUUUAGCCCAUUUUUCCAACCACCCUGCAAAGGGAAUGGUCCCGAAUGUCAUGGUUUGUCCUUAUGAUUUUCCCUUAACAGAAAAGGAUAUGAGAACAUAUAUACCAAAUGUUGCUUUUGGAGGUGGUGAGGAAGCGAGGAUGAAGAGGUUUGGUCGUUUUUGGUUUAAAUCAUGGGGAUCCGGCAAUAGUGGAUCUGAUGAUGUUCCUAUUUUGAAGACGCUUGUUCUCGUGGCCACUAGGGCGCUUUCCGAUGAAGAGGUGCUGUUGAACUACAGGUUGAGCAACUCCAAGCGGCGGCCGUCCUGGUAUACUCCUGUGGAUGAGGAAGAGGAUCGAAGAAGGUGGAGCUGAUAGGGUUGCAUUGCAUGUGGAAUUUGUGGGCCUCCUUCAGAUCUUGGACCAUAUGCCAUUACAUGAUUAUAUUUGGAGUAGCUGUUUCAUUGAGGUUUCUUGAGGAUUCUUUUUUGUUUUAUUUUCAGCAUUCAAAGUUUCAUAUCUGAAGCAAGAAACUGCUCGAGUUUUAGAAAAAGAUGCUAUAAAGCCUAUUCUGUUUUUUA